ACAUACUUCCUUCUUCACAUCUUCAUAUUUUCCUCCUCUCCAUUGACAACAGUAUAGCUUUUCUAUGCAAGAUGGGAAGAACACCAUGCUGUGACAAAAAUGGGAUGAAGAAAGGGCCAUGGACUGUAGAGGAAGAUCAGAAGCUCCUUGAUUAUAUUCAGAAACACGGCCAUGGGAGAUGGCGGACACUUCCCAAAAAUGCAGGUCUAAAGAGGUGUGGAAAGAGUUGUCGGCUUCGUUGGACAAACUACUUGAGGCCAGACAUCAAGAGGGGGAGAUUCUCAUUUGAAGAAGAAGAGGCCAUCAUACAAUUACAUGGUAUUUUGGGUAACAAGUGGUCUGCAAUUGCUGCUAGGCUUCCUGGAAGAACCGAUAAUGAGAUCAAGAACUAUUGGAACACUCGCAUCAGGAAGAAGCUUUUAAGAAUGGGAAUUGAUCCCGUCACUCAUGCUCCACGGAUGGAUCUUCUGGAACUGGCCUCGCUUCUUGGCUCAUCCCUCUACAAUUCAUCAUUACAACUUAAUGUUCCAGCUGGGUCCCUUGGGAUGGGGCCUAUGGUGAACGACGAUGUUCUGACUCUAGCUACUGCUCUCUUGUCAUCACACUGUGAAAACCCAGAACUCCAGCUACAAAAUCUUCUAGAAAAUCAGCUCGGGAAUCCCCAAGUCCAAAACCAGUUCGAGUCCUUCCAAGGGAACAAUCUACAGAGCUCAAUUCAAGAAGUUCAAGCUUGUCCAACAUCCAGCGCUGCAAGCACUCCAUUUCUGAAUGAAACCCAGCUCAUGCAGGCCAUUGCGGAGCAUCUCUCUCAAAACCCUACCGAUUUUGCCUACCAAAAUUCCUUGCCAAAUCUAUGGCAAGUUCAUGGUGGGCAUCCUAUUACAGCUGCCAGUUUCACCAAUCCUACACUCAGCUUUGAUUCCAUCCCCAGCUCCAUAACCGGCCACCAGACACUUAAAUCCAAUGCCGUCAGUAACAACACGCAGAAUUUCAGUUUCGAUUCUGUUCUAUCCACGCCGUCAUCCACCUCAACUCCAUUGGACUCAUCACAGAUGACCUAUGCCAAGGGGAGCACUGAAGACGAGAGGGACAGCUACUGCAGCAACUUCUUGAUGUUUGAUAUCCCAAGUGACUUGGAUGUUAAUGCAAUUAUGUAAACAAAAACAGGAGUAGUACUGGAUGUAGUCUGUGAACAUGUAGAUGUCUGGGAAUCAAUCUCCCUAGCUGGGGUUUGUCUUGCAACAUUUUAAUUGUAAUAGCAUUUAUUUAUAUGUUUUUGCUUCAAGAGUUUAUCAAAGUUCAUCAAUCAAUCCAGCCACUAACGAGUACUUCUUUA